UCAUUUUGUAACAAAUUUACAGUGUUGACCUUUGACUUGUAUGUCUAGGAUUGGACGACAGCCUCAAGUGGGUGGCAGAAGAAAACUUCUAAAUGAACAACAAGAACGAGAAAUAUGCAACAUGGUCAUUGCAAAUAAUGCCAUCACACUGAGACAGAUUCGUAAUGCAAUCCUUCUAGACAAUGUAAUGUUCCAAAAUAUAAACUCUAUCAGCAUCUCCACAAUAGACCGGGUAUUGAAGAAACAUCAGAUGACCAUGAAACAGAUUUACAGGGUACCAUUUGAGAGAAACUCUGACAGAGUGAAAGAGCUGCGGUACCAGUAUGUGCAUGAAGUACAGACGUUCCUCUCGUUGGUAGCCGAGGAGCGGAUCCAGCGAGAGCUUGAUGGGGCGACGCGGAAUGAAAAAGUUUUUCAGGAGGUCGCUAAGCUCUUGGCUGCACACGGCUACCAUCGGACUUACAAACAGUGUAGGGACAAGUUAAAAAAAAUGAAGAGCGACUACAGAGGUAUAAAGGACCACAACAGCCGGAGUGGUUCAAACAGGCGGUCGUGGAAGUGGUUCGACCAAAUGGACGCAAUCUACGGAGGCAGACCAACGAGCAAAGGAAGGGAGGGUGCCCUGGACUCGGCCACGCCAUUGUUGUUGGAGAACACGAUCGAGGAUGGUACGUUGUGUUUUUAUAACGCUUGA